CGCGCGACGUGACGAGCGGCAGCCCGAAGUCCCGCCCCCUUCCCCUGGAGCAGGGACCUGCGGCCCGGGUCGUCUCCAUGGUGACGGGAGUCGGCGGUCAAGCCAGCCAUGUUUAAUGCGAAGCUGCUCCUGGUGGGGCCGAGCGAGAGCGGAAAAACGGUUCUGGCAAAUUUUCUUUCUGAUGCAACAGAAGCAAUUGGUGGCGACUACAGCCCUACUCAGGGAGUCAGAAUACUGGAAUUCGAAUGUCCAAAUGUGAAUGCUGGUGGUAAAAAUGUUGGAUGCGAAGUGGAACUCUGGGAUUGCUCUGGUGAUCAGAAGUUUGAGACUUGCUGGCCUGCCUUAAUGAAAGAUUCCAAUGGAGUUAUCAUUGUGUUUAACGUGGAAGUACCCAGCCACCUGAAAGAAAUUGAGACAUUCUAUUCCUACUUUGUUCAGCAGCAACGGUUACAUGACUCUCAAUGUCUUCUAAUUGCUCACCACAAACCAAGUUCAGCAACUGGGAGAGGUCGACCAGGCCUGGCGCAGCAAUUAAACAAGCUGAGUUUGAUCCAUUCAAACCUGGAAGAGGAUCCAGAACAAGUCCGCACAGCUUUCCGUCAGUAUUUGGGGACAGUUGUCAGUACUUUGUCUGAAAGCAGAGACAAAGAGGAGAUGUCAAUCAUCACUUGAGAAACCUGCUGAGGGAUUUUCAAUCAAGAUCCAAAAUGUCACCCAUUGGCAUAUAUCCAACUCUUCACAAUUUUGCUUCAUCACUGCUUUUGCAUAAUAUAUGUGAAUGAUCAGAUGGGGGAAUGUAAUGCAUUCCUUCGUUUAAAAAAAAUUAAGAUUCCAGCAUCUGCAGUCUCUUGGAUCACUUGAUUAUCAGAUUUCAGGCCAAUCUGCAUGCACUCUGAUCCUGUUGGCUGCAGCUGUUCUGAAAGUCAAAGAAAAUUGGGUCCCAAACAUUUUCAUUCACCUGGAUAUCAAAUAAGAGAAACAAUGAUUUUUUAAAUAUAUACUUAUUCUGUUUAUGUGUGUUAGUUAAUUUCAAGGCCAAGGUUCAAAGUGAGGAGAUAGUGAACAGAUUCAUGUUACAUGUGAUUGCCCAAACUUCUGUGAUUGAGCAAGAUGCUCAUUUAUUACAAUAUAAUCACUUUUCCAAGUUUUUCAAAAAAAAGUGUCAAUUUUUUUGAAUUUGUAUUAUUCUUUGAAGAUCUCUUAUAAUUGGCAGAAACCAGCCAAACCAUUGGACUUCCAAUACAAACUCUUAACUUGUCUGUGACAGUGGAAUGAAUAAUCAAAAGUCCAUGUGUAUCAGUCUGAAAUGUCUAUUAAAAUACACUUUGUAAAUAU